AUGGCCAGGUCUAAGCAAGCCAUGCCAGUGAAAAGGGCGACGUCUUCCGAAUACAUCACCAAACACGAUAGAUUUCCCAAGAACACCACAGAGCUGGCUGCCAGGGCCAAGGACAAUGCGCAGGCGCUGGCAGCGGGGGCCCGAGAUGACUCGGGCUCCGGGAUGCUCCAGCUGCUGAUCUGCGUGGGAGGAAUAUAUGCUUCCUUCAUUAGCUGGGCAUGGCUCCAAGAGGGCGUCACCACGACGCCCUACACCAACCACGACGGCUCGACCGAGAUGUGGAAAUUUCCCGUCUUCCUCCUCACCGUCCAGUCCAUCCUCUCCUCCAUCACCGGCUCCCUGUACCUCUGGUGGUCCACGCCCCGCGGCCAGCCCGUCCCGCCCAUCAUCCCCACGAACCGCAUGCUCCCGUCGCUGCUCCUGGUUGCCUUCACGCAGGCGCUGGCCGCGCCCUUCGGCAUGGCCUCGCUCGCGCACGUCAACUACAUCACCUUCACGCUCGCCAAGUCGUGCAAGCUGCUGCCCGUCAUGUUCCUCCACGUAACGCUCUUCAGACGGCGGUACCCCCUGCAGAAGUACCUGAUCGUCGCGGCCGUGACGGCGGGCGUGGCCGUCUUCACGCUGCACUCGGGGAGCAAGAAGCACAAGGGCGGCGCGGCCGCGUCUCACAGCGGGCAGACGGCCUGGGGCAUGCUGCUGCUCAGCAUCAACCUGCUCUUCGACGGGCUCACCAACAGCACCCAGGACUACAUCGUCUCCGAGUUCAGGCCCUACCGCGGCCCGCAGAUGAUGUGCGCCAACAACAUGAUGAGCUCCGCCCUGUCCGGCGCCUACCUGCUGCUCAGCCCGUACCUCGUCCGCACCUCCCUGGGCGAGUGGUUCGGCAUGGCCGACGUCACCGGCGGCGGCGGCGAGCUGUACGCCGCCCUGGGCUUCCUCGCGCGCCACCCGGGCGCCUGGUGGCACGUCCUGGGCUUCGGCCUCUGCGGCGCCGUCGGGCAGGUCUUUAUCUUCUAUACGGUCGCCAACUUCGGGUCCGUCACGCUCGUCACCGUCACCGUCACUCGCAAGAUGCUCACCAUGAUCCUGUCCGUCGUGUACUACGGCCACAGCCUCAACUACAAGCAGUGGAUGGGCGUCGGCCUCGUGUUUGGCGGCAUCGGCUUCGAGGCGUACCUGAAGAGGUCGGCCGAGUCCAAGAAGGCCGCCGAGAGGGCCGCGAAGGCGAGGGAGGAGAAGGCGCAAUGA